CUUCUUCUUCUUCAGGUCUGAAUCUCAUAGAAGUCGUCUCGACCGGAAGAUCUUCAACCAUUGGCUAUGGCUGCAGCUGCAAUGUCGCAUCUUUUCUCUCUCCUAAUCAUCCUCUUCUCCUUCAUCACUCUCUUCACAACCUCCUCCUGCUCCGACGACGAUCUAGUUUCCGAUCUCCUCUACCGUCAAUCCCAAUCUGAAACCGGCGUAAUCCACCUCAAUGACCACCUCAUCUCCCAAUUCCUCUCCUCCAAAACCCCCCGAUCUUACUCUCUCAUCAUCUUCUUCGAUGCCCUUCAGCUCCACGACAAGGCCGAACUUCAUCUCAAAAGUCUGUUAAAAGAAUUCGAUCUACUAUCAUCCUCCUUCAUCGAGAACAACAAAGACAAUCCAUCAUCUAGAUCUAAACUCUUCUUCUGUACGAUAGAGUUUAAAGAAUCCCAAUCCACCUUCGCUAAAUUCGGCGUCAAUUCACUUCCCCACAUCCGCAUCGUCCCUCCAACUGCUGUUAGUCUAAAGGACGAUUCUUUCCAAAUGGACGCUGGCGAAUUCUCUAGACUUGCUGAUGCCAUGGUUCAAUUCGUUGAAUCGAAGACGAAUCUCAUUGUUGGCCCACUUCAUCGUCCGCCGGUUCUUUCCAAGAAACAAGUAGUUUUCAUCAUAGUUGCUCUGUUAAUUUGUUUCCCUUUUGCUGUGAAAAAGUUUAUUGCAGGGGAAACUAUUCUACACAGCAAAAAACUAUGGAUGGGAGGGGCGGUUUUCGUCUAUUUCUUCAGUGUUUCUGGAACAAUGCACAAUAUAAUUAGGAAGAUGCCUAUGUUUAUGACGGACAGAAACGAUCCAAACAAGUUGGUCUUCUUUUACAAAGGAACUGGAAUGCAACUGGGAGCAGAGGGAUUUUCAGUUGGGUUUUUGUAUACGGUUGUCGGAUUGUUGCUUGCACUUGUAGUUCAUCUUCUAGUAAAGGCGAGGAAUGCGAACUUGCAGCGCACAGUGAUGUUGUUUGCGAUUGCGGUUUCUUUCUGGUCAGUGAAGAAAGUUAUAUUCUUAGAUAAUUGGAAGACUGGAUACACAAUUCACAUGUACUGGCCUUCUAGCUGGUAGUGAGAUUGAUUGAUUAUAUGUGUAACUUUGAUUCUCCAUCCUUAACACAUAAGGUAAGAUCAUUUGAACUUUGCGAAAGUUAUAUUUUGUUAGUAGUAAAACUUGGGGAAAUUGUAUGUUUUUUUACCUUGAAAUUGAACUCAACUUAUUAUGGAGCUUUAGCUGGUUUAUU